UACUGCGUUUGUAGAUAUUUUGAUCUGAUAUCUUGCCCAUCCUUGGCAACAUACGUUUCAUUGCAUUCUUACUUGAUCGGUAUUGUUAUCAAACUGACGUGAAGUAUUUUACUUAGCAUGAAUAGCUAGUCUACUUUCAGCAUUAACUAAGCGUUUUUUUGUCAGGAAAACUGUGUGUUAGGCUUCAUUCACAGCAGCGUUGCAAUGGCUGUGUAGGGCGCUGUCCAUGGUGCCCAUUCAGUGCAGCCGAGAUUAGGACCACACGUGCGGGCGGCCAAUUGUACAUUCGAGGUUGGACAGGUCGGACUUUUGUGUACAACCGAAUUGCAAGAGGGUUGUUGUGGGAUGGAUCUAUAUUCCCUCCUCCUCACCACCUCCGCCGCUUUCAACUCCCCAAACCCUGACCAGGUACCGAGAAACCGGGACACGAGCAGGAGGAUAUGACAGGUUAAUGUGACUAUUCAUCAAAUUAUCAGACGACGGACAUCUUCAUAGCAGUUAAGAACGCAGAUAUGUGUUGGACAUAGUGCACAGGGAGAUGCUGAUGGGGAAAACCUGCUGGGAUACAUUAGAGGGCUCACCAAUGAACAUACCUCUCCCACAGGAAGACGCAGCUCCAACAGCUAUGGAGGACUGAGCUUCAUGUUUUAUCAGGCUGGUCUCUCUGAAGUCCUUAUGUGCCUAAAUGGUCUGAGGGUGAGUACCCUGUGAACUCCGCAACAUCGUUCAUCUCUACUUCUGGCCUUGGUGCAGACAAUCACCCUCCACUCCUCUCUAGGAUGGAAUUAUCUAAUUGUACCGAGGGGAUUUUCUCCCUGGACACGGUGGGCGGGGGUGAAGAUGGGGAGGGUUUUCUCAUAACCCCCCCAAGCAAGAUCCUCCUCACCCUUACCCUCUCCCUGAUCGCUGUCAUGACAACAGCCAUCAACUCCCUGGUGAUCACGGCCAUCAUCGUAACCAGGAAGUUGCAUCACCCAGCCAACUAUCUGAUCUGCUCUCUGGCAGUGACGGACCUGCUGGUGGCCAUCUUGGUCAUGCCCUUCAGCAUCCUCUACAUACAGAGGGAGAGCUGGGUGAUGGGCGAGGCCAUGUGUUACGUGUGGCUGAGCGUUGACAUCACCUGCUGCACCUGCUCCAUCCUCCACCUGGCCGCCAUCGCACUGGACCGAUACCGGGCCAUUACCGACGCCGUGGAGUACUCACAGAAACGCACCGGCCUCAGGGCCGGGAUCACCGUCGCCGUGGUCUGGUUACUGUCCAUCCUCAUAUCCCUUCCCCCUCUGUUGUGGAGGAACCACGGCGGCGAGCCAGAACCGGACCAGUGUCUGAUAACCCACCACCACAUUGCCUUCACCCUGUAUUCAACCCUGGGGGCCUUCUACAUACCCCUGCUCCUCAUCCUCAGCCUCUACUAUAAGAUCUACAGAGCGGCUCAGACUCUGUAUCUCCGCAGGGGGGCCAGCAAGGGCAGCCAGCACUCCUCCAUGGUCAACGGAACCUCCCUGCCAUCCUAUCCCCCCGACGAGGACCCCAAGAACCCCGAGAACCAGAACCCUCCGGAGAAGUCCAACUCGGACCCGUCGAUAGAGGGCGACCGCGUGCGCUUCACCAUGAAGAGCCACCAGAGCGAGUCGCGGCGGGAGCGCGAGCGCUCGUUGAGGCGGCAGCGCAUCUCGGGGACCAGGGAGCGGCGGGCCGCAUCCACACUAGGGCUCAUUCUGGGGGCCUUCGUGGUAUGCUGGCUGCCUUUCUUCCUGAAGGAGGUGAUCGUCAACACCUGUGGCUCCUGCAGCACCUCCGUACAGCUGGCCGACUUCCUAACCUGGCUGGGGUAUCUCAACUCUCUCAUCAACCCUCUCAUCUACACCAUAUUCAACAAGGACUUUAAGAAGGCCUUCCAGAAAAUGGUCAGGUGUAGUCAUCGCCUCUGAUGUGGACCAAAAGGGUACACGUACACACACACAUACACACACACGUACACAUGGACACACGCACGCACACACGCGCGCACACACACACACACACACACACACCCCCUUGUGGGAAUCCUCCACCAGUUAACCUUAAUUUUAACCCAAAUGUAAGCUAUAUCCUAAACCUAAUGCCUACACUGACAGAAAAACCAACCACACGAGUAUGGUUAAACCUGUACACACAUAUACACACACACACAAACAUGUGCACACAUUUCAGUUCUGAAUUGCAUUGGAAAAUGCGGUGGCAUCUGACUGCCUUAGAUCAGAGACUAUCGACAAGGAGUGAAGGACACUGUCAAGAUAAAGAACCAGUCCAGCCACAUCUGUCUAAUGGUACAUUGCUGAGCUCUGGAGGAAAGUUUGUGUGAGAACCUCAAAAUCCAUAAGAGUCUUUUUAUAGAAAACCUGGAUUUUUGGAUGGGUUAUUGACCAGGCCUGGAUGGUGUUUAACGGCAUUGAAGGGAUGAUGUUCACAUGGGCGGCCGUCCUUCUCUAGGAUGAAGUGAAGGAUCAGCCUUGAUCAUUUCAGUGUCUCAGAAUAGCCGACCGUGGUAUUUUGGUCUGUUCAGUCGUCAUCAGCAUCACCAAGUUGGUCUGCUCUGUAGACAUACUGUAUCUGAAAAACAACAUGCUUGUAUAUUUAAAAAUAUAUAUAUCUUGCAAGGACAAUCUAUGUUGUGAUCAAUUG